AUGGAUAAUAAUGAUGCAAAAUUUGGAGCAGAUAGUGAAUUACGUGAUGCAUCUGAGGAGGAAAAUAUGAUAACGCCAAAUAAAAAAUAUAUGGAUGCUUUAAGGAUUAUUGAGACAGUUGAAGAAGACCAUUCGUUUCGUCUCGAUAUCGAAGCUCUUGAACGUAUUCUUCUCGUUCCAGAAAUUACUGAUAAAAAGGUGUCAAUUAUAAGUGUGGCGGGUGCAUUUCGAAAAGGAAAAAGUUUUCUAUUAAACUUUUUUUUGCGUUAUUUGCAAGCUGAUCUAGUAGCACAGCAAAAUGGAGACUGGAUAUAUGGCGAUUCAUAUCUUAACGGAUUUAGCUGGAGAGGAGGAAGUGAGAGAGAAACGUCUGGAAUUAUGUUAUGGGCGAAACCAUUUGUUGUCAAAAAUCGAAAUGGAGAGGAAGUUGUAGUACUUUUAAUGGAUACGCAAGGUGCCUUUGAUAGUCAAAGUACGGUCAAAGAUUGUGCUACAAUAUUUGCUUUAUCUACGAUGUUAUCGUCGAUGCAGAUUUAUAAUUUAAGUCACAAUGUACAAGAAGAUGACUUACAACAUUUGCAGUUAUUUACAGAAUAUGGACGACUAGCUUUGGAAAGCACAACUGUAAAACCGUUUCAGUCGCUUCUCUUUCUUGUUCGCGACUGGAGUUUUCCCUAUGAAGCUGAAUAUGGUUUUCAAGGAGGUGAACGUUUACUCGAUCGUAGAUUACAGAUAUCAUCCAAACAACAUGUAGAGCUACAACAGUUAAGACGUCAUAUUUAUGCGUGCUUUGAGUCAAUUUCUUGUUUCUUAAUGCCUCAUCCAGGUCUUCGUGUAUCGACUAGUCCCUUAUUCAGAGGGGAAAUUUCGGAUAUCGAAAUGGAGUUUCAACAACAAUUACGUUGUCUUGUUCCUCGUUUAUUAGAUUCAUCGAACCUUUUAAUGAAAAAGAUAAAUGGCAAUGAAGUAACAUGCCGUGAACUUGUCGAAUAUUUCAAGGCAUAUGUUACUAUAUUCCAAGGUGAAGAUCUUCCGGAACCCAAAUCUAUGUUAAUGGCCACUGCAGAAGCCAAUAAUUUAGCUGCAGUAUCAACGUCAAAAGCACAUUAUGUAAAGCAAAUGGAAGAGGUUUGCGGAGGUGAUGCGCCAUAUCUGAGUUCCAAUGAUCUUGCAGAUCAUCAUGAACAUUUUCAUCAUGAAGCAAUAAAAUUAUUCAAAAAUGCUCGUAAAAUGGGAGGAACAGAAUUUUCAUUCCAAUUUCUUGAAAAACUUGAGGCUGAUAUAGAGGAACAAUAUGGAAGUUUCGUAAAAAUGAAUAACAGUAAAAAUUUGUUCAAAUCAAUGCGUACGCCGGCUGUUUUAGUUGCGUUCAUGAUAUUUGAUUAUGUUCUUCAAGAAUUCUUCCAACUUAUUGGACUUGAUUCUAUUGCCGGUUUAUUUUCAACAGCGCUUUGCAUUGCUAUUUUUGCACUUUGUACAUGGGCUUAUUCUCGAUACAGUGGUAAUUUCCGAGAUGCAGGCAUAAUGGUUGACAAAGCUGUAGCAUGGGCUUGGGUUAAUUUCUUAUCAUCAGUUACGCAAGAAGGAAUGCACAAAGCUGUGGCGAUUGGUCACAGGUUGGCUCAGGUAUUUUCAUCAAAUUAUGAGAGGAAUAUGCCCAAAAGAAAUUUAGGAAUGAAAAUUAAAAUUUUUAAUUUACUUUAA